GAGAAAAGAGGUACCACCACCGAACCAAGGCAAGAUUUACCUUUACCGUCUCUUUGAAUCUUCAGCCACGAUCAAACCUUCUCCUUCAAGUGAAAUAUCUAAAGAAAACAAAAACCAAAAGUCUUGUUUUCACACUAUUUAUUUUUUCGCUACUUCCACUCCAGUCCUUGUCCUAUCACUUUCACUUUCCCAGUAGCACAUACAUCAUCACCCCAUCCCAAACACCUCUCAAGUUUCCCAUCUUCUCUCACUCCACUCCCAAGAUUCCCUCUUGCCCUUCUUUCCACCCACCUGAUCCCCUCUUUUUAACUCAUCAAAUCCGUCGAGAAAAUGAGCAAACCACACAGACCACCUUCCGGGCGCACAAAUCUUGCUUCGUGCAUAGUGGCUACAAUCUUCUUAAUCUUCCUUGUUAUCAUAAUCCUUAUUGUCUUCUUCACUGUUUUCAAGCCUAAAGAUCCUAAAAUCUCUGUUAACUCUGUUCAACUCCCAUCAUUUUCUGUCUCUAACAACACUGUUAACUUCACUUUCUCUCAAUAUGUCUCCGUCAAGAACCCAAAUAGAGCUGUUUUUUCUCACUUUGAUAGCACCCUUCAGCUUCUUUACUCGGGUUCUCAAAUCGGGUUCAUGUUCAUACCUGCUGGUAAGAUUGAUGCGGGUCGAACCCAGUACAUGGCCGCUACCUUUUCUGUUGAGUCUUUCCCUUUAUCUGCUUCGCCGGAUGCAGCGGUCAAUGUGGGACCCGCGUUCAAUGACGGUGGGUUUGGCGGUGGUGGACAAACCGGUUUUAAUAACGGGUAUCGGGUCGGGCCUACGAUGGAGAUAGAGUCAAGAAUUCAAAUGGCGGGUCGGGUUCGCGUCUUGCAUUUUUUUACCCAUCAUUUGGAGACUAAAGUUGGAUGCAGGGUUGUCAUUGCUGUGAGUGAUGGAUCUGUUUUAGGGUUUCAUUGCUAGAAUUAAUGAUAAUUCUUUUUUGGUAUUUUUAUAUUUAGAUUUUAAAGUGUAGCUUUUUUUUUAAUUGUAGUAUUUUGGGUGUUUGAAUUUGUAGUAUGAGGACUAAUAUGUUGAAGGGAAGUGUAAAAAUCUGAUUUUUUUCA